AUGGGAAGAAAGAAGAAUGUGGCCAGCCAUGCCAUCAAGAGUAUCCUCAUGAAGGAGAAAAGUCUAGUACAGAAGAAGAAGCGGGAAAUGGACAGCUAUCACGACACACCAGAGCCUGUGCUUUCACAAGUAAAAGAUGAGGCCGCCGUGCAAUUUCAACGUAACCAGCUCACCGUCGCCGCCCCAAUGCAAACAAAUAUGUUUCUCUCCUUUAAUAAGAGCCUCGGACCACCGUUUCACAUCUGGUUAGACACUAACUUUAUUAACUUUUCAAUGCAGAAUAAGAUUGAGAUUGUAGAGGGGCUUAUGGACUGCAUGCUUGCGAAGGUUAUUCCAUGCGUGUGUGAUUGUGUUAUGGCGGAGCUGGAGAAACUCGGAAAGAAGUUUCGCAUUGCGCUUAAAAUUGCGCGUGAUAAGCGGUUUCGGCGGUUGACAUGUGACGGCAAGUAUGCCGAUGACUGCGUUGUGCAGACAGUGACGAAACACCCUAUCUACAUUGUAGCGACCUGUGACCAGGAACUGAAGCGACGACUGCGUAAGAUUCCCGGAGUGCCUAUCAUGUACAUCUCAAAGCACCGCUACACCAUUGAGCGGCUGCCAGAGGUUUACGGUGCCCCCGCAUGA